AUGACGCGCUUCCCUCCCCCUGUAACUUUCAGAACCAGCGAGCAGGUCGGCGAUAUCGCCCUUGCCCCAAUCGCAGACUUCCUCAGCCACCUCCAUGUGGCGCGGCACCUCAUCAAACUCGCAGACAUCCUCCAACGAUACCGUACUCCCAAGAGCUACCACCGCUACGACUUUCGGAUCAUCGACAGCUCCGAGCUCCCACCCAGGCCCAGGGCUGCGGAGGGCGACGAGAACCUUGACAGUCUACGGGAGCGGGAGCGGGGGAGUCCUAUUAUCUUGGAUGACGAGGGCGAGGGCCAGCCACCAGCGGUCGCGCUUGCGUCCGUUGAUGAGAGCCCUUCACAGACAACACUGAGAGAGGGGAGCGCAUCCAACGAGCAAGAGAGGCCCGAGGAAGGUGCCACAAUGGGCACGGAGGACGCGCCUGCCCGGCCUGACGCACACGCGCAAGGCCAGGUGGUCACCACCCGCCAAGACACGGCACCUCCUCUGUCAGGGCGGGGCAAGGCGACGAAUACUUUUCCGCCUUGCGACGGUGUCGCUGCUGCCCGCGAAGGGGAACCUACUGCCUCACAGAGCGGCGACCUUCCCUCCGACAGUCAACCCUCAAGCCGCUCUCAGCUCGAUGAGGCCUCCGCCAGGAACCCUUAUGAGCACGUUGCGACGACCGCCCGGGCCUCCGGCGAUGGCUCAACACCCCAACCUGCAGUCAACGGGCAAACCGCCACCAGCAGCAGUGUCUCCUCCGCUCUUCCCUCUGUUCCUCUUAUCCUCCCCACCACCACCACCACCUCACUGGGCGAUGCAUCUGCCUCCCUCACCCUGGUCUCUCCACCUCCAAGCCUCCACGACACACCACCUUUGAUACCAGACACUCGGCUCGUUUCGGAAGCUGCUGUGGCUAUCGCCUCCGGAGACUCUCAGCCACCGGCAGACUCGUCUACAGCGAACGAGGAUAAGACGGACGGUCCUGCGGGUGACGAGGAGAAUGAAAAUCCUGAGCCACGGUCACCGUCGCCAUUCUCGCCUGUCUACCCACCCCCGCCUGGAGGUAGUUUCCAUUGCGUGCGCGAGCUGCGUCUCGAUCUUCGCACCCUUGACGUCGCAGCCAUCUUCGAGCUCGAGGUCUGGCGUCGCGAGGUGCUGAGCCUCGACCCGCUAGACCAGAUUGUGCCUGACUCUAAAUGGUACCAGGCUCCGCCACCUCCAAAGCCAAAGCCAUCGCAAGGGCUCAAAGGAAUCGAGCCUGAAGUUGUAGAUCUGCGCUCGUCACAGUCCCGAACACCCACGCCGGACAGGAUUGUUUCCAAUGCGCCAGACGACGACACAGAGGUCGACCCAGACUUCGAGCCUCCACCGUCGAGCCCCAUAACCGUCAACCCGGGCCCCAGCAUCUCUGCGAACAUCGGCAACCACUAUACGACGGGCGACGAAAUGAACGUCGACCGCCGCGACUCGGUGGCGUCUUUCGUCACUGUGGCUGAAGACACUCAGCCAGAUGCGAUGGGCGUCAACAUCGACUCCGACUCACCGUGGGCCUCUCACUCUCGACGUUUGGGCUUGCCUCCUUCGUGGACCCGUGCCGACUCUCCCAUUCGCAUUGACACGGCCUCUGCCAGCCCAGAACGACGCCGCUUUGGCAAGCGGCGCUGGGGCGUCGAAUCGACACCGUCGCGCGAGAUAUUCGCCGAGUCACUCAUCUCACCUUCGCCGGAACCGCCAGGGCCGCCGGAGCCACUGCCCAAGCUGAUAAAGCUCACGCCGCGGACCCCGCGACAGAUCUUGGACUGCGUCGAGAUACCUGUCCGCAGGCGUCGACCUGGUCAGGCCCAUACGCCUUUGAGGCUCGAACCGAGCACACAGCCUCCCGCUCCCAUCACUAAACCCCGCGCACCGCCUCGUCCCAAUACUCCAAGUUCGUUGGUGGACCGGAGCACGUCAAGUUUCACCAAGGUUCUACCUCCGGUCGCCGAACCUCGCGGCCCGCGCCGUAUGUCGCGACGCGGUGAUGCGCCAGUGUUGGCUACUGAUGCAGUGGUCUCUGCGCCACUGGCAAAGCCGGAUGUGGAGACGCCACCCGUCGCAUCCUGGUCGCACCGUGUCUCACGUACGACGAGCUUUGCCCAAGUCACUGUCUCUCCUGCUUCCACUUCCGCGCCUCUCGGAGGAUCAUCAAUCACACCCGCGCAGGUCCGUGAGUGGAUGGAGCCAACACACGCUGUCGGGUCACAUGUCACUGGAGACGACGAGGAUAACGGCCGUUUCGCCGACGCCGAGGAGGAGUGGGGUGCCUUCAAAGGCAUGUAA